AUGAAGGUGGGUCUCGCUCCGUUGGUAGCGUGCGUGGCCUUAUUGUUUUCAUCAGCGUGCGUUAGCGGACACCGAGAAGAAUCGUACAUGAACUACGACACUAACCAACACAAAAUUUACAAUUUUCAGACCACUGAAACUCUCGGAGAGUCAAUUGCUGCUGCCACGGAUGUAUCACAAACGGAAUCCGUACCGACAGAACCCGUAACGAUGUCUCCUGAAUUAAAGAAAAUUGCUGGUAUCGAGAAUGGAGCGGUUGUCAUACCCUCAGGCGACAUGUUGAAAACGACUAUUAAGAAAGGAUUUACUUCCACCAACUCUAAUGCUACAAGCGCACCGACGACGGCCCAGACCCAAGACGAUCCCGUGGCCACGAAAGGCGACAGCACAGAAGGGAUCUCAGCACCGAAUAACCCCUUAGAAGAUCCAGCGGCGAGUAGUGAGCCUUAUGGUAAUGACGAGUCGACUAAAACUCAAAAGACGACCGAUCCGCCAAAGCCGACUCCAAAAAGCACGCCAGCUCCGGAUGAUAAUAAAUCUAAAAAUGAGGGGGAGAAGUCAAGUGGUGCUUCACAAUCGCCGGACACACACCAGGCAAAUCCAGCGGCCACACCACCGACAUCGACGCAGCCUGCAGAUCAAUCGCAAUAUUGGACUCCGGGUCAAUCGAACAAUGAGCAGCCAGCACAAGAUUCUAACAACGAGGCGCCCCAGCCAACUCAACCUCCACAGCCUAAGCAUAAUGAGGCGCCCCAGCCAACUCAACCUCCACAGCCUAAGCAUAUUGAGGCGCCCCAGCCGACUCAACCUCCACAGCCUAAGCAUAUUGAGGCGCCCCAGCCGACUCAACCUCCACAGCCUAAGCAUAUUGAGGCGCCCCAACCGACUCAACCUCCACAGCCUAAGCAUAUUGAGGCGCCCCAGCCGACUCAACCUCCACAGCCUAAGCAUAUUGAGGCGCCCCAGCCGACUCAACCUCCACAGCCUAAGCAUAUUGAGGCGCCCCAGCCGACUCAACCUCCACAGCCUAAGCAUAUUGAGGCGCCCCAACCGACUCAACCUCCACAGCCCCAGCACAAUGAAGCGCCCCAACCGACUCAACCUCCACAGACCCAAUCGGCGCAGCCUGGCUUGGGUGGCAGCUCGCAAGUCCAAAACGCAGAGCAGGGUAGUGUGACACACACUCAGACCGAGUCCACAUCUCACAUAAUGACGACAUCCGUCUCAGGUCAAGAUUCAAAGCAUGAUUCCUCAAAUUUUACUGAAUCUACUGUCUCUGCGAGCUCUCCAUCUCAUCCGGUAUCGAAGUGCAAGGCUCGUCACUAG